AUGGACAUGGCAAUUCAUAGGGUUAUAGCAUAUGCUAGUAGAGGUUUAACGUUGCAUUGCAUAGAAACCAUUUGUUGCCAAUUGGAUCUAUUUUUAUGGAUGUUCCUAAUAGUAAGCCAGCUCCACCAAAAGCUAGGAGAACAAGAACCCCAGCCACUGAAGUUCAAGAAGAAGAGUUCGGAGUCAGAUACGGAGGUUGUUUUAGUGGAUGGAAACGAUGUGUUCGGUUCCGCUGCUAGCCCCAUUAAUACUGCCUCAGAGGAAGAAGAUCCUGGUGAAGUGUUCUCUGCUUCAUCAAGUUCAUCUGCAGAUGACGAUCAAACUAGUUUCAGUCGACCUUCAAGAGAAAGACGAUCACCUAUUAGGUAUCAAGACUAUGUCAUGGCUCAAACUUCAACUACUUCAGUUGAACGUUGUCCACCUGCAGUUUUGAAAUUGUUGUUGUCAGACGAUUUUAUGGAACUUCCUUUGGAUAAACGAAAUAAUAUAACCAAAUGUCCAGGCGACAUUUCCCAAGAGAAGGGAGUAUGUAGCAGAGUUAAUUGA